AUGAGCGGGAGUGGGAGCGGCGGUUUUUACAAGUACAGGUGUAAAUAUUUCUACACCCACAACUGCAGCAACUGGGUCUAUGUCCAUAAUUCAGCCUGUGCUAACUGCCUUGCUGAGGGUCGGGACACUAUUCAGAUCCCACCCCACACCCAGGCCCAGAUGGACUCCCAACCCAGAGACAUCUACGUGCCGUACUUUGAGGGGGGUGUUCUCAAGUACUCUCUUAUGGAGGUCGUUAUCACGGACCAGGGCGGCCAAUACUGGGAACUCAGGGAGAAGGUUGCUAACCCCGGUGUGCCGUACAUUCCCGCCACCAACGCGCAACCUGCUCCUCUUGGCUUCAUCACUAGUACAGCCGUGCAGUCACAGGCACGCGCCUAGAGAGCUCCAGGGCUGAGGGCUGAGGAGGGAGCAGCGUCCGGCGCUGUAGCAAAUGGUACGGCACGCCGAAGUGUGGGCUUAGAGGAAGCACCGGUGGGAAUACGGCGGUUUAUGUGUGAGACAGCAGCUUCAGGAGAAGCGUGGUAAUCCAAAAAAAUAUGACGCGGAGUGGGCUGGGAGACAUAAGAUUAGCAGAGAGGAAGACACUGUACAUGUACGCCGAGUCUGACGGGGACGUGUGGUAAGGGGAGGGUCGGAAAAGGGAGGAGGACACGGUGAGCAGCAGCCCGGCAGAACUUGCGUGUCUAUGAGUUCCUGGCCCACCCCCACAGGAAAAAAGAUGGAAUAUAAGGCGAAUGCGAGGAGGAACAGACGGGCUCUGAGACGACGCAAAAGUCAAAGCUCCCAAAGACUCUCCCUCAACACGGACACUUCAUUAUUCGGAAUCAUCAGAAACCUCCUUUUCACCCUGUCAGCCAAAUGAGCGGGAUCGAUUUGGACAGUCAUUACAGCCCAGAAUCCUCAGCAAAGGAUGACAAUAGCAUAAUUAGCCAGCGAGUUCCCGGUUCCAUGCUUGAAGUCUCUACUUAGGUAGUGCACUGCAAUUCAGGCAUCAUCAACAG